AAACGGUCGAAACGUUGCGUAUCCCUUCCACCUUCCAAGAGCUCAGAGAGGGACAUCCAUGUCGAUAUCUUCUUCUUCUUCUUCUUCUUCUUCUCCUUCUUCUCAUCUGCGGUCCUCACAGAACGUUUAUAGGAUUCUGUCUUCUCUUCAGAUUCCUCUCUAAAUUUAGCGGAAUCACAAACAGCUCUAACUUUAGCAAAAUCCACUUUUCUUCUAACUUUAGCAAACUUUCUUUAAUGCUAUAACCGUCAGUAACCUCUCUUUCUUCCUCUGUAACUCUUUUUAUAUCUCUUUCUCUUCAGACUUAGUUUAGGUUGGUUCAGUUUCUGUGAAGCUUCAAGGGUUUCGAUGCAGAGUCGUGUUCUGGAAAAUGGAACUAGGGCUGCUUCAGCUGGUAAUUCUGCCGUUACGUUGGUUUCGGGAAGUUAUGAAGAUCAUUGUGAAGAGAAACCCAAGAUUAAUGAAGCUGGAAAACGGGUAAUUGAUGAAGUGAUGGAUAAGGGAAGCCCUUCAAGAUCUUCAAUUCCUGUGCCCAGCUUGAUUUCUGUUACGGCGUCUACUGUGGAAGCGCUUUCGAUGAAUUUGGUUCAAGGUUAUAGAGUUGGAGGAGCUGGGGAGUUGAUCAAUGAACAAGUCCCGGUGUUGCCAUCACCAACAGGUUUUUUGCAACUUGGGACUUCGUUUAGUCAUGGAACUUCAGAGGUUAGCUCCAUCUUUCCUGGGCUCAAUAGUUCAUGGUGCUCAGAACCUGUAGGAAAUCCAUAUCAUCUGCGCUACUUUCCAUACAACAACAUGUGUUUCUCAAGUGCUGCAGCACAGAAUCUGAAGCGGAAAGUUGAGAUUUCUGGGAGCUCUUACAGACCAGCAUACAUGGAAAGCUUCUUCAGUCAUGUGCCAAGUGGUUUUUACAUGACGGGUUCUCUGCCCCUGCGGGGAUGGAGUGACAGAAGUUUUGAGAAUCCAAGAAAAGUCUUUAUGCCUGUUCAAGCUGUGUUUCAGAAUCGCCUUUCCCCAGCUUCGGGUCCACAGAUUUGCAAUCCUUCAGGUGGUUGUACCUCGGCUACCAUGCACAAGCGGAAGGUAGUUCGUCCAAGUUUCUCUAGCAGCUGGAAUAUGGCAGCCAUUUCAAAUGGCACAAAGAAGGAUAAUUCAGAACCUCCAGAUAAACUUAGGCGGACUGUCUGUCGGGAACGUAACUCAUUGGGGGUUACUCCAAUUGGAAGGGAAUCAUUUGCUCUUUCUUGUUCUGAGCCUCAGCCUGGAUAUGUUCCUUUGGCAUGUUUGUAUAAACCUGAGGAUGACAAGGUGAUUGAAGGGAAAGGUUGGACAGUACUUGUACAGAAGGAAUUACGGAACACUGAUGUUGGUAACCUGGGAAGAAUCGUGCUUCCAAAAGAUGCAGAGGCAAAUCUUCCUACUCUAACUGUAAAAGAUGGAUUAGUUCUACAAAUGGAAGAUAUGAACUAUUCAGUUAUUUGGAAAUUCAAGUAUAGGUAUUGGCCAAACAACAGAAGUAGGAUGUAUGUCAUGGAAAAUACAGGAGAUUUUGUAAGAAUGCACAACCUUCAAACUGGCGAUUUCUUCAUAAUCUAUAAAGAAGAGUGCUCUGGACAAUAUAUUGCUCGUGGUAAGAAGAGAAUGAGAUCAUGGUAUGCUGAUAUAGAGGAACCAGGAGACCAUGGCAGGAUGGAGGAUCGGGACGCAAGGACCAACAGCCAUGCAGGCUUAGAACAUGGAACCUCCUCAGUACCAAGUGGUGGUUAUGAGGUCACAAGGGCUGAAACUUUCAUGGCAGGCAAGUCAUUUGAUUCUAACAGAGAUACUGAUGGGCCAUCUCCAACUGCAUUCACUUAGUUACCAGAUCUUGAUUCCGAUGACAUUCCUUAAUAAUCUCUUAGCAAUUAUUGUUUCCCCAUUACUGAGAGUUCUCUGUUUAGGUUUUUGUAAUGUCUAUGGGUUUCAUAGUUUAGUGAAAGCAUGGAAAAUGACCUGAGGCCGUUGAAAUUUUAAAAUGUCACUGUGGUCAAUUUUCCUGAUGAAAGUAUUCCUGAUUUUUUA